AUGGCCAAGUCCAAGAACCACACCACGCACAACCAGUCCCGAAAAUGGCAUAGAAAUGGCAUCAAGAAACCGCGAUCACAAAGAUACGAGUCUCUGAAAGGGGUGGACCCCAAGUUCCUGAGGAACAUGCGUUUUGCCAAGAAGCACAAGAAGGGCCUGAAGAAGAUGCAGGCCAACAACGCCAAGGCUAUGGCUGCACGUGCUGAAGCUAUCAAGGCCCUGGUCAAGCCUAAGGAAGUAAAGCCCACGAUCCCGAAGGGUGCCAGCCGGAAGCUUGAUCGACUUGCCUACAUCGCCCACCCCAAGCUUGGAAGGUGUGCCCGUGCCCGCAUUGCUAGGGGUCUCAGGCUGUCCCGGCCACAGACCAAGGCCCAAGCCAAGCCCAAGGCCCAGGCCCAAGCCAAACCCAAGGCCCAGGCCACACCUGCAGCCCCAGUUCCGGCUCAGGCUCCUCCCAAAGGUGCCCAGCCCCCUGCAAAGGCUCCCUAGUAACAGCCUAUGCCUGCCAAUGCAAGGGCAGAAGGACUGGUGUGACCCCUGGGCUGCUGUCUGCGUGGGGCUAGUGUCUUCCUGUGCUGUUUGUA